UUCCUUAUUUCUAAGUUUCAAGGGUUUCUUUAAUGGGACCUUAGCAGUCAUUUCUCUUAUUUUCAUGGCAGAAAAUAUCAGAGCUUUAAUCUUUCUAAUUCAUGGAAAUUUUUUCCCUUCCUUUUGACCCAUUUUCCAGAACAUAUUUCUAAUUCAUUUUUGAGGUUCUGGAAAUGGAUGACGAGCUCAAGAAAGUGGAGAGUCAUAUCACAUCAGCUGCAGCUUUUGUGGAAGGAGGAAUUCAAGAUGCCUGUGAUGAUGCGUGCAGCAUUUGUCUGGAGGCUUUCUGCGAAAGUGAUCCUUCAACGCUAACAAGUUGCAGGCAUGAGUUUCACCUCCAGUGCAUCCUAGAAUGGCAUCAAAGAAGUUCGAAUUGUCCAAUGUGUUGGCAGCCCUUAAGUCUGAAAGAUCCUACAAGUCAAGAAUUGCUUGAGGCAGUGGAACAAGAGAGGAAUAUUAGGUUUAAUCAGGCAAGAAAUGCUACAUUGUUUCGUCGUCCUACUCUGUUGACCACAGGGAUGAGUGAGUCUGAACUCGAAGAGCGCAUUAUUCAGCAUUUGGCUGCUGCUGCAGCAAUGGGACGGGGACGCCACUUUGGUCAACGAGAGGGAUCAAGAAAUCAGUCAUCUUCCCAUGGUCGUCCACAUUUUUUAGUGUUUUCAUCUCAUCCUGAUCCAUCUCCUACUGCUGCUGCUGAAUCGGAUUCUCGUCAAGCUAUAGCUGAUCCUUCUGUUCCUAUAACACCUGUCCGCCGUGAGACCACACAGUUCUUGCCUCACCUCUCAUCUGGUCAAAGUAAUCAACUUUCUGCUUCAUCAUCUCGAUAUGCUCGCCCACAAACCGUUAAACAAGAAAUAUCUGUUGGCGAUAGAAGCUCUUCUAGUCCAUCUUUGACAGAAAACCAGGAUACAGAAGGACCAUCAGACCUUCAUUCACUAUCGGAAUCCUGGAAAUCUCGAUUUAAUUCAAUGUCAAUGAAAUAUAGAGAAUCAAUCACAAAGAGUACACGAGGGUGGAAGGAGAGAUUGUUUUCUCGAAGUACUUCUAUGGCAGAUAUUGGUUCCGAAGUUAGGAGGGAGGAUAAUGCUGGAACAGGUAAUGUAUCUCGCAUAAUGGAACACCUCGAGACACAGGAAAAUCAAACGGACAACAACAUACCUUCAAACGCGGAGCAGAGACACAAUGAUAAUAUGGUUGCUCAUAACGAAAGCAGAUUGAACGGAAAUAAUCCUACGACUUCCUCCGCAAGUUCAGCUCGGAAUGAAGUCACUAUUUAAUCAGUUGCAUGGCAAUAGUCCUCAGCAUUUCAUCUUUGAAAGUUUUUCAGCUCAUCAACCUUCCAAAAAUGAUAUGCAAGGACGAUAACAACAACAACAAUUACGUCUCAAUCCCAAACAAGGAGACAAUGUACUAUAUUUUCGCGCUGAAUAUUCGAUGUCUGAUCAGAACAAAGAAAUGAAUAGCCAGAGAAAGAUAAUGUUUAUAGUGUGUACACAUAAGUUAAAUGUUGAACAUUCACUAAAAUUUGGCUCUAAGGAGUUUGUCUUGGAUUUUCACUUUAUAUACAACUUGAAAAUUUGACAUAA